AUGGGACUUCUCAUGGCCGCCGGACUAGCUGGUGGUACUCACCUUAGCUACACCAUAGAAGAAUACACGGAACUGCAAAAUUCUCUCCUCGGGAACUAUUCAAGCAAGAUCCGCCCCAUCAAAAAUCAAGGGCAAUCUUUACAGAUGGAGGCCAGCUUGUGGAUAUCGAGUAUAAAUGAUGUGAGCGCCGUGGACCAGAAAAUGAUCACCACAGCUUAUUUGAACAUCGAAUGGACGGACGAGUUACUGACCUGGGAUUCUACUUCAACAGGGAUUUAUUGGAUGCAGAUUAAUCAGAAAGAUAUCUGGAUGCCAGACAUUGUACUGAAGAACGGGUUCUCGGCUUUCAAAGCAUUGGGAGGUGAUUUUUACUACAAUUUUGUGGACUAUGAUGGCACGAUUCACUGGUAUCCGUAUACGGUAUUUGAAUCCAUCUGCGAUAUUGAUGUUUCAUUUUAUCCAUUUGACACACAAACGUGCGACAUCAUAUUCACAUCAUGGAGCUACACGCGAUGGGAAAUAAAUCUAACAGUUCCUACAGCUUCUAACAUAGGGUUUUACGAAUUUGUCCCAAACAGUGUUUGGGAAGUGGUGUCGACUGACGCGUCACAUGACUUAACAUCCUCCGAUAAUGAUAUCAAAUUUACGAUAAAUCUUAAAAGGAAGCCCCUGUAUUACAUAAUGACCUUAGUCCUUCCAAUCGUGUUUCUGGGCAUUCUUAAUCUUUUAGUGUUUAUAAUCCCUGCCGAUGCGGGAGAGAAAAUGGGAUUCGCUGUGACUAUAUUUCUCACUUUCGCAGUCUUUCUUACAAUAGUCAGUGGUGAGCUUCCCAUAAAUUCAGACAGUGUUUCUAUAUUGAGCAUUUACCUUAUAAUAAAGCUAGCCAUGGGCAUAUUUGUGCUUCUUGUAACAUCAAUACAACUGCGAUUGCAUCACAGAGGUGCUGAACACACGAUAGGAAAAGUAUUUCGCUUUAUAGUAAGGGUAGAACGAGGCGUAGAGUGUGAUGGACGACCUAAAUGCUGGAAUGCAGGUUGCCUUUCAGGAAAAUGUGGGACUAACACUCGUAUAACUCAAGUACAAGUAGAAGAGAAAUAUGCUCGGGAUGACGUCAAAACGGAAGAAGAGAAAAACGACAAAGAGGAAGAGGAAAUGACGUGGUCUGAUGUGUCGUCUGCCAUAGACUUUGUAUCUUUCUGGACUUUGCUAUUAUUUGAGUUUGUAGUUACAACUGUCGUGUUUACUUAUGCAUCGGUAAAUUAG